AUGAAUCGGGACUUGGAUGGCGUUGCCGAGUGGGCUAGGUCUUUUGGCCUGCAAAUCAAUCCUCUCAAGUCUCAGGCCAUGAUCAUCGCUAGCAGAUAUUAUCGAAACGCUCUCGACGUCUCUAGCCUUGGUCCGUUACGUUUGCAUGGCACACACAUACCAUUCACUGAUACUGCAAAAAACUUAGGGGUACAUAUCGACUCGAACCUGUCGUGGGCUUCUCAGGUGAACGAGGUUAGUCGGAAAGUUCAUUUCUCCAUUCACUCGCUGAGGCGCCUCCAGACCCUGCUUCCGGUGAAGACUAAGAUUCACCUCGUCCAGGCGCUGAUCUUGCCUCUCAUUGACUAUGCAGAUGCUUGCUAUUUGGGCGUCACAGAGGAGCUAUUAAAUGAACUUGAGCGUUUACAAAAUGUAUGUAUCCGUUUCGUCUUUGGUCUUAGGAAGUUCGAACAUAUUUCUGAAUUCCGUAACAGGCUCAAGUGGCUCCCAAUUCGUCUCCGCAGGAACACUCGCAUAUUAUGUCUCCUCUAUAACAUCCUCUUCAACCCAGCCUAUCCUACUUAUCUCCGAGACCGUUUCUCCUUGGUGCGUCCUCCUGAAGUCCUUACUCGUUCUCAUCUUAAAUCCUAUCUUAAAAUUGUGCCCCAUAAUACCGACUUCUACUCCUACUCCUUCUACGUUCAUGCAGUGAGACUAUGGAACUCACUCCCGCCGAACAUUCGGGACGCCAAGUCAAUCUCUGUCUUUAAGAGACAAUGCCGAGUGCGCACAGUGCGCGCGAGCAGGGACGCGACUGGAACUCCCGGCGCCUGCAGCCAGCACCAGGCUGCUGCAGCGGAUGAAGAGAUAAAUCUUGGUGCGUUGACCGGGUGCAAGUUCGACGGCCCGCAGUAUUAUUUGUGUCGUUGCGAGUAA